AUGUUUGAACCCGUGCGCGGAGGCACUCGUGGCGGCCAGGCUGAAUUCAAAUGGUCAGACGUCUCGCAGGACAAGGACCGUGAGAACUACCUUGGGCACAGUAUCAACGCGCCGACUGGACGGUGGCAGAAGAACAAGGACAUCCAUUGGUACUCGCGCGACGCGGACCAGACGGAGGCCGAGCGACAAGAAGAGAUUAGGAAGAUCAAGGAGGCCGAAGCAGAGGCCAUCGCCGCCGCACUGUACGUCUUCCAUCCCGCCCCCAACGCGUCCCCAUUCUCGUGCUAA